CUAUGGAUAUAAUCUUCAUUUCGUCUGCUGUUUGAUGUUGAUUUUGAGACGUUGACUGCUACAAUUAAUUAAAAAAUAAAAAUGGUUGUUACGAACUCAGUAACUUUACCCUCUGAAGAAGAAUUAACUGUCCAAGAAAUAAAUAUUAGUGGAGCAGCUCUUAAGGCUGGUGCGUUCCAUUUUGGAAAGCAGUGUGAAUACCAGAGCAAUGAAUUCAUGCUGUGUCGAAAGGAGUUGCAAGACCCAAGAAAAUGUUUGAAUGAAGGAAAGGCAGUCACUGGUUGCGUCUUGGAUUUUUAUCAGAAAGUAAAGAGUUCGUGCUUCGAUGAAUUUACCCAGUACGCGAACUGUUUGAACAAGUCCAGCGGAAAUUUCGCAUUAGAAAAGUGCCGCAAGACGCAGGCGGUGUACGACAAGUGCGUCACGGACAACCUGGGCAUAGAGAGGCCGCCAGUGGACUACUUCAGCAAGGUGCGUGUCCACAACACGUCGCGGCCCAAGCCGGAGCCCCCCAGGCCGGACGUCUACCCGGACGCCACGCCCCGGCUGCCGGACGACUACCCCCGCGAGCCCGCCAAGUACGGCUCCCGCUUCCACUGGCUCAACUGAGGCCCCGUCGCAGCUCGUAGCGUCAUUUCGUUUACGUAAAAUAAACCACUAGUUGCUCAGCAGUCUGUUACGCUGGUUCCUUUCCUUCGACUCCUGCCGAGGCGAUGUUCAAGCCCGGGGUUUUUCCCAAGGGGUACUCCUCGAUGCUCCAUUCUCACCUACUCACUACUUACGUCUCUAAUGACCCCAGUGGUAGCGUGAAGCUGUUAAAAAAAAAAAUUUAAGAUAUCCAAUAUUUCAACAUGAUAUCCACCACAUUCUGGAAAACCAGGGAAGUUGGAACUGAUCAGCGAUUGUACUUGGGUGUUUUAAUAAAUAUUCUUACAAACUAUAAAA